UCCUCCGAUCAUGGAGGAUGUUGAUGUGUAAACCAGCUGCAAACUUUCCUCACUCAAACACUAAAGCCGCUGCAUUAAUCAACCUCCGGUUGCCAGAUCCUCUGCCAUGAAAUCCUCCUUAUGACUUGACAUGUGUUGGUAAAAUGGCCGCUGAGCUGUUCCCUACUAAAAAACUGCCCACUGUCAGUGCCAGCGCCGUCCAGCAGUUCCAGCAGCAGAACGUCAGCAACAACAACACCAUUCAGGGAUGUAACUGGCAAGGCUUGUAUCCCACGAUCAGAGAAAGAAACUCAGUCAUGUUCAACAACGAGCUGAUGGCCGAUAUUCAUUUUGUGGUGGGACCUCCAGGAGGAACCCAGAAAGUGCCAGGACACAAGUAUGUCCUGGCUGUGGGUAGCUCAGUUUUUCAUGCCAUGUUUUAUGGAGAACUGGCUGAAGAUAAAGAUGAGAUCCGGAUCCCUGAUGUGGAGCCAGCCUCAUUCCUCGCCAUGCUGAAGUACAUCUACUGUGACGAGAUCGACCUGUGUGCAGACACUGUACUCGCCACACUGUACGCUGCCAAAAAAUACAUCGUCCCCCAUUUAGCCCGCGCUUGCGUCAACUUUCUAGAGACCAGCCUGAGCGCCAGAAACGCCUGCGUUCUGCUGUCCCAGAGCUGCCUGUUCGAGGAGCCCGACCUGACGCAGCGCUGCUGGGAGGUAAUCGACGCGCAGGCUGAACUCGCGCUCCGCUCUGAAGGAUUCUGCGACAUCGACACUCAAACAUUAGAAAGCAUCCUGCGGCGUGAAACGCUCAACGCUAAAGAGAUGGUGGUUUUCGAAGCGACGUUGAGCUGGGCUGAAGCCGAAUGCCACCGACAGGAACUCCAACCCACAAUCGAAAACAAGCGACUUGUUUUGGGAAAGGCUAUUUAUCUAAUACGAAUCCCUGCGAUGGCGCUUGAUGAUUUCGCUAACGGUGUCGCGCAAUCAGGGGUGCUAACGCUCAAUGAAACCAAUGAUAUUUUCUUAUGGUACACAGCAGCCAAAAAACCCGAGCUUAAGUUUGUGUGCAAACCGCGGAAAGGUUUAACGCCGCAAAAGUGCCAUCGUUUUCAAUCGUGUGCGUAUCGUAGCAAUCAAUGGCGCUACCGCGGACGUUGCGAUAGCAUACAGUUCGCCGUAGACAAACGCGUGUUUAUUGCUGGAUUUGGCUUGUACGGCUCUAGCUGCGGUUCAGCAGAGUACCAGGCCAAGAUUGAAUUGAAGCGGCAGGGAGUCACGCUCGGCAUCGCCAUCAUCAAAUAUUUCUCCGACGGCUCCAGCAACACAUUCCCGGUGUUCUUCGAGUAUCCGGUGCAGAUCGAGCCGGAUACUUUCUACACGGCCAGCGUCAUUCUGGACGGCAACGAGUUGAGUUAUUUUGGCCAGGAGGGCAUGACAGAGGUGCAGUGUGGUAAGGUGACCUUCCAGUUCCAGUGUUCGUCCGACAGCACCAACGGGACGGGUGUGCAGGGUGGCCAGAUCCCCGAACUCAUAUUUUACGCCUGAGAGAGAGCGAGAGUCUGCUAUAGGAUUAAUCAGAAACAAAAGGUUUCUGUUCCUUAAUGAAGUGCUGCUCUUAUUUUGCACAAAGGCUGCAAAAAGAAUUGUAGAGAUUACUGACAAUCUAUAUAUAGACUGUGUUAGAAGUAGGGUUGUCAAAAGUAUCGAAUUUGGUAAUAACAUUUUAAAAACGUCCACUUCCUGCUAGCAUUUGAGCACAUACUUUAACGUUGGCUGAUUGGCCAUUGUAUUCACAUGCUAAACAGAAAUGACUGUGACUGGCUGUGAAGUUAAUCAGUUCAUCACUGUUUACCGAGUGCUAACGUUUCUAAAAUUUUUGUACCGAUUGGUACCGAACUCGAUACUUUUGACAACCCUGGUUAAAAUUGUUAGAAGCACAAAGGAAAAGGGGAAAGUUUGGUCAUUUUACUCAACCUCAUUUAGUUAUAAACAUUUUCUUUAUUUAUUUUUUUGUUUUUUUUCAUGCAGGUCAGUUGAAUUUCUGAAAAAAAUUUAGCUUAAUAAAUUAAAGGGAUAGUUCACCCAAAAUUUAAAUUCUGUCAUUGAGUUUCGUUUUUCUGUUGAACACAAAAGAUGAUGUUUUAAAAAUUGUUUAACCUUUUGAAUUAAAUACUAUGUAGCCAUACCAUUUUUUUUCCUACUAUGGAAGUCAGUGGUUACCAGUUUCUAACAUUCUUCAAAACAUCUACUUUCUAGAGCUAGGCUGAUAAAUUUAAUCGCCAUUCAAUAUAAUAUUAUGUCAAUAACUAUGAUAAGCUCUGGACUGUUUUACUCCAUAUUGAUCUAAGAGCCAAUCACACAGCAGAAAUGUGCAACAAUGAGAAUCUAAAAGUGUGUUGAUGUUUGACAUGUACCGAAUUUUCGGCCACCAAAAAUGUAUUGGUCGAAAAUAUGUUAUGUCAUUUAAUGGACUCUCUAAUUUUUCUGGCUUCAGUCACUAUUGGGAUACUCUUUUAAAUCUUGAAGCAUUAACAACUUGUAUCGAAAUAUAUAUCGUGAUCGUUUAAUAUGGAAAAUAGUUAUUAAGAUUGCAUUCUUUCCAUAUCUAACAGCCCUACUUCUUUCUAGGGUUGCUCAGUUUAACGGUACUAUGGUAGUGCCGUGAUACUAUGGCUCCAAAAUACUGACGGUGCCAUUGUAGUUUGUAAAUAGUAGUAUAAUCAUUAACGGUCUAUCUACAAUACAUAAUGUUGCAUGUGGAAAAGUAACUAACAUGCCCACCCGUUUGUUCAACAAUAGACCAUUUUAUUUGAAUAGUCUGUGGAGCCCUUUAAGGUUGCAAACUGUAGAAUUCAUGCAUUUUACAUAUGCGUAAAGUGCACGUUUUCUGACACUUCAGAUCGAAUCUGAAUCAGUUCAUUUCUGCUCCUGUCAAUAUGAUUUACCAGCUACAACAACUGCGACAAUCUCUUUAAAAGAGCAACUCACAAAGUUAAUUUUUUAAUUACUUAGCUGACAAUAGAUACUGGAAACAUUAAAACUGAAUUUUUGACCACUCCAUAAAGCCUAAUUUAGUUGCAUAAAUGCUGAUUUUAUUAUUAAUGCAAAUUUCAUUUGGUAAAAUUUGUGUUUUUAUUUUAAUGUAUUUUUUAUUGGUCAGUUAUUUACAAAAUAAACAAAGGAAUCAUUAAUUCAAUUCAAGUAGGCCUAUUAUAUAAAACAGUGUUUCCCAACCCUGUUCCUGAAGGCACACCAACAGUACACAUUUUCAACCUCUCCCUAAUCAAACACACCUGAAUCAACUUAUCAUAACAUCAGAAGAGACUCCAACACCUGAAGUUAAUGGGUCAGAAAAGGAAGACAUCCAAAAUAUGUACUUGUUGGUGUGCCUCCAGGAACAGGGUUGGGAAACACUGAUAUAAAAUAUAGUAUUUCUGACAAUUUUCUUUAUUUCAUAGAUUUGAGUUAUGAAUUACAGUAUCGCAAUGCUACUUGUUAUCACGAUUCUUCAGCUGGUAUAGUAUCGUAACAUGAAUGAAGGGUAUCACGACAGCCCUUUUUUUAUAAGACACUCAGAUUUAGAACCACUUUAGUGUAAAUAGUGAGUAAAUGUUAUUUAUUUUUAGGGUGAACUAUCCCUUUAAGUCUACAAUGUGUUUUUUUUUUUUUAUUCAAAUUGUUAUUUUUUUAUUCAUCGAUACAAUUCAUUGAUUAAAAGUGUCAUUAAGAAUAUUUCUAAUGUUUUAUUAUAUUGUAAAUAAACAUAAAUGUGUUAAACUGUUCUUCCUUACAGUAAAGGAUUGUGGGAAAAAAGCAUUAGAAUUAUUUUUAACAUUAAUAAAAAUAAAUGCUUAUUUCUGAAGUAUCAUCUGACAAGAAAUACUUGAGUAAUCAGGCUUUUGUUACAGGAAUAAAUUAGUUUAAAAAACAUUCAAGUAGAAAAAUGACAACUUUUACUGUGUCUUUGAUCAUCUACUGUACAUAAAGCUUAACACUAUAACAUGAAGUUAAGGAAAUGACCAAAUUUUC